CACCAAACACCGCGAAGUCUCCGCCGGAGUCCCGAGACCGGCGCCGCGCCAGGCGCCCAUUGGCCGCCACGGGAUAAACAAAGGGCGCGCCUCCGGACCACCAACCAAACCUCCCCACGCCGGCGGCCGCCGUUGCCCUUGACCCCGAGCUCCCGAAGCCCGGCGCACGCCCCCCGCACCAACCCCCCCAAAACCCCUCGAAACCCAGGCGAGAGGGAGAGGCGCCUUUCUCUCGGAACCCGCAGCUCCUCCUCGCUCCAAGGGCCGCCGCGCUGCUCCCACCCAUCACCAACCCACCAACCCCUAGCCGCCCCAGGCCCCGCCAUGGCCGAGCGCCUCGCCACCGCCACCGCCGCCACCCUCCGAGCCUCGGCCGCCGCUCCGUCCGCCCGCCGCGCGGCGCGGGGCAGCCGCGCCUUCUUCCCGAACUCGUCGGCCUCGCCGGCUCGCGCGCGCGCCGCCCUCCGCGCCGCGCCCUCCCGGCUCCCGCAGACGGCGAGGGCGGUGAGGUGCUCGGCGGCUGCGACGGCGGCGUCCGACGCAACGCAGCUGAAGGCCACCCGCGAGGACAUCAGCGAGCUUCUCAGGACGACUCAUUGCCACCCCAUCCUGGUCCGUCUGGGAUGGCAUGAUUCUGGUACAUAUGACAAGAAUAUUGAGGAGUGGCCACAACGAGGUGGAGCUAAUGGAAGCUUAAGAUUUGAUGUUGAACUGAAACAUGGAGCCAAUGCUGGCCUGAUAAAUGCUCUAAAGCUUAUCCAACCAAUUAAGGACAAGUACCUGGGCAUCACUUAUGCUGAUUUAUUUCAGUUGGCAAGUGCUACAGCAAUUGAGGAAGCUGGUGGCCCAAAGAUUCCAAUGAAAUAUGGACGGGUUGAUGUUACAGGACCUGAGCAGUGCCCACCUGAGGGGAAGCUUCCUGAUGCUGGACCAAGUUCACCUGCUGACCACUUGAGGGUGGUAUUCUACAGAAUGGGCCUUGAUGACAAGGACAUUGUUGUCUUGUCUGGAGCACAUACACUUGGAAGGUCCAGGCCUGAACGGAGUGGCUGGGGGAAACCAGAGACAAAAUAUACCAAAAAUGGUCCUGGUGCACCUGGUGGGCAGUCAUGGACAGCUGAGUGGCUGAAAUUUGAUAACAGUUACUUCAAGGAGAUUAAAGAGAAAAGAGAUCAGGAUCUUCUGGUCCUACCUACAGAUGCUGCUUUAUUUGAGGACCCAGCAUUCAAGGUCUAUGCGGAGAAAUAUGCAGCGGACCAAGAUGCAUUCUUUAAAGACUACGCUGAGGCUCAUGCUAAACUGAGCAAUCUGGGUGCAAAGUUCAAUCCUCCACAGGGAAUCUCUCUGGAUGAUUAGUGCUUCACCUGAGCCAUAGCCCCGUGAAGCAGGCAAAUACUCUCCUACAAAAGGUGUCUAUGCCUCCUACCUUCAAAUAUAUAAAGUCACUUGACUAGGUUCUCUAUGGCCGCUCUCUGGCAAAAUGAAGGACCAAGCAGUUCGUUUAGACAUCUACUAAAGAUGAUAAAAUAACUCGGCUACUGCCCCUUGCAGGAUCAAAGAGAAACACAUACACGAUUUAUUGCUCAUCGUACAAGAUGGAUCGGUCCCAUGUCUCUUUCUAUUUAUCCCGACUUAGGAAGCGAGCUUGCGAAUAAAUAGAAUAAAACAGACAGUCAUGAAUUUCAGAGCCAUUGUGUGAUCCUCCAGAUGGAGCUACCUGAUCUGAUGUUCCAUUUCUCUCGCACAUGAUGCUUUGCAUGUACAACUGUCAAAUUUUCUACCAGCAAGUAGCAACAUGAUUCCUCUAUUCCUCU